AUGGAUUUAUUGUCGGGGUUUUUAAAUACUGGCAAUAACAGUAAAUCACCAAGUAAAAUAAGUGGAAGUGUAUUUAAAAAGAGUAAUAAUAACGAUAAUAAUAACCACAGUAAUGUAAAUAAUAAAAGUAAAUCACCAUCGUCAUCAAAUAAGUUAAAAUCACCAAAUAAGGUUGUAUCACCAUCAAACAAAAAAUCACCAAAUAAGGUUACAUCACCAUCAAACAAGAAAUCACUUUCAAUUAAAAAAAAUAAAAUUAUAGAAAAAGAAAAAGAAGAAUUAGAGGAAGAACAAGAGGAAAAAGAACAUAAACAAGAAGUUGAAGAACAAGAUGAAAAAAAAGAAGAAGAAGAAGAAGAAGAAGAAGAAGAAGAAGAAGAAGAAGAAGAAGAAGAAGAAGAUGAAGAAGAAGAAGAGAUUGUAACAUUUUCAAAACAAACAAAUAUUGAUCUUGAAUUUAAAAAAGCAUCUAAAAAAGUUGCUCAACUUGUAAAUAAAGUUAAAAGAGAUGAAGAAGAACGUCAAAGAUUAUCUUUACAACCAUCAGAUGAUGAUGAUGAUAUUGAAAAGGAUGAUGAAAAACAACAAAAAGAAAAAGAAGAAAAAGAAGAAAAAGAAGAAGAUGAAAAUGUAUCAUUUAAACCAAAGAGAUUACAAAAAAAUAAAAAGAAUCUAAAAUUACAAUCAUUUAUAGAUAAACAAAAACAAAUCAAUAAUGACAAUAGUAAUGAGGAAUAUGAUGAAAUUGGAGGCACAAUCGUUGAUAAUGCAUCAUUAAAUUCAAAAGUUUUAUCACCAUCACCAAAGAAAAUUCAAGAUCCUGGUAUAGUAUCUGAUUCUGAUCAUAGUGAUGACGACGAUGAUGAUGAUAAUAAUAAUAAAAAACAAAACGAAAAUGAAAAUGAAAACGAAAAUGAAAAAGUAGGAGAUGAAAAUGAAAAAUUAGGUGACAAUGAUCUAUAUGAUAAUGAUAUAUAUGAUAAUGAAGAUCCUGAGGACGAUAAGAUCGAACCAAUAUUUCAAACAAAACAAACUAGAAAAGAACAAAGAAAAUUAGAAAAAUUAAAGAAAAAAGAAGAAAAGAAAGCUGCAAGAGAAGAGAGAAUUAAAUUAAAGAAAGAAAAGAAACACAGAGAGAAAAAAGCACCAAUAAUGCCUGUUUCAACACCAGUAAUUGAAGCACGUCAAGUUAUUAAAAAGCGUUCACUUCUUGAUUUCUUUAGUAAAGUUGAAGGUGUUAGAAAACAAUCACAACAACAACAACAAACAAUUCCACCACAAUUUGAAGAGGAUAGUGAUGAUGAAUCCUAUGAAACUGAAUCUGAUGAUAGUGAUAAUGAAUCAAGUUAUGAAUCUGAUCAAGGAACUGAUUCAGAAUCAAAGAAAUCAAAAAAAAGAAAUAAUAAUAAUAAUAAUAAUAAUAAUAAUAAUAAUAAUAAUAAUAAUAAUAAUAAUAAUAAUAAUAAUAAUGAAGAAGAUGACGAUGAAAAGGAUGCAGAUGCUUCAUUUGAAAAUGAAACAUUUGUUUUAAUUGAUAAUUUCGAUAAAAAUGGUAAUCCAAUUCCAAAAUCAAAAAAAAAUAAAAAACCAUUCCAACUUCCUUAUGAAUCAACUUUAGACCUUGAAAAUGAUCAACAACAACACGAUGAUCAAGAGGAUGAUAAAGAUAAUAAUGAAGAUGAUGAAGAUGAUGAGGAUGAUGAUAUCAAUAAUAAAAAGAUUAAUACAGAUCAAAUGAAUAAACAUAAAUUCGUAAAACCACAACUUAAAAUUAGAGUAAGUGAUGAAGAAAUGGAUAUUGGUAACGAUAAUGUUGAAGAUGAUAGGGAAAAUGAAGAAGAAGAGAAAGAAGAAGAUAAAAAUAAAAAAGAAGUAAGUGAAGAGGAAGAGGAAGAAGAAGAAGAAGAAAAAGAGGAAGAAAAGGAAGAAGAAGAAGAAAAAGAAGAAGAAAAGGAAGUGGAAGAGGAGGAGGAAGAAAAAGAGGAAGAAAAAGAAGUACAGGAAGGGGAGGAACAUAUUGAGCAAAAGGAGGAAUCAGAAUCAGAAUCAAAAUCAGAGUCAGAGUCAGAGUCAGGCACAGAAUUAGGAGAAAAGAAAUCCUUCUUUAAAAAAUUAAAUGAAAUUCAAGAUGAAGAUGAAGCAAUGGAAGAUAAUAGAGAAGAGGACGAAAUUGAUAAAAGUGAUGAUGGUGAGGAUAUUGAUUUUAAUAAAGUAAAGAAAAAACAUAAAAAUGAUAGCGAUGAGGAAGAUGAGGAGGAAGAUGAAGAUGAAGAAGAAGAAGAAGAAGAAGAAGAAGAAGAAGAAGAAGAAGAUAUUGAAACAACUAAAAAGAAUGCUGAGAGAUUAAGAGAAAUUUUUCAACAAGAUGAUGAUGACCAUUUAAGAAAAAUUAAAAGUAAAUUAUUAAAAAGAAAAAAUUAUGAUAAAUAUGAUGAAAAUUCAGAAGAAGAAGAGGAAGAAGACGAUGUUAAAGAUGACAAUGAUCAAGAUUCAGGAUCGGAAGAAGAAUUCCAAGGAUUUUUACAACAACAUAAAUUAAAUAGUAAUUACAUUACAAAUAGAAGAAGUGUAAGUGAAUUUAGUAAAAGAAGAAAAACAGCAAGUACAUCAACAAUUAAAUCAUCAGUUGCAAGUUUAUUCAGUACUGCAAAUUUGACACAACCAGACCAAUAUGAUGAAUUUUCAGAUGAUGAAGAAAAACAAGAAAAAAUACGUGAACAAAAAGUUAAUAAUAACAAUAAUAAUAAUAAUAAUAAUAAUAAUAAUAAUAAAAAUAAAAAACAUAAUUCAUCGUCAAGUAUUUCAAUGAAACAAAUUAGCCAAUUACCAAUUGAUUCAAGAGAUUUCGAAAUUUUAAAUAUGGUUAAAAAGAAGUCAUUAAAUAGUGAUAUAAUGUUAUCACCUCAAAAGAAAAAACAAAAACUACAACAACAACAAAAGAACAUAUCAACAAAUAAAACUAAUAAUACAACAAAUAACACAGGUAAUAAUAAUAAUAAUAAUAAUAAUAAUAAUAAUAAUAAUAAUAAUAAUAAUAAUAAUAAUAAUAAUAAUAAUAAUAAUAAUAAUAAUAAUAAUAAAAAUAAUAAUGGUAGUUUUAUAACACCAAAAGGUCAAAAACAGCAAGAAUAUACAUCAAGUUUACCAAUGUACUUUGGUUCAAAUACUCUUUCGAGUGGUUUUAAUAUUUCAAGAGAAAAAUUGGCAACUUUACAAAGACAAGCCUCAAAUGCCAAGAACAAAAAUCAAAAUGUCUUCUUUCAGCAAUCUGAUCCUUUUUCACCUUCAAAAAAGAAGAAAAAACAAAAUAAUGAUAAUGAUGAUAAUGAAGAUUAUUAA